GGAAGUAGUCUGAAACCGGAUAGCACGGCAAGCUAACUGAAGUGCAAAAAACCAACUAAGUCCCUCAACUGUGGGACAGCUGUUGUCAUGGCUGUGGUGGGGUGUGAAUUGUGACAACUAACGCCACGAUGAUGAACGACAUAAUAGAGGAGCCGGAGAAGGACAGCCUGCUGGAGACGCAGCAGGAGCCACAGGUUUUGUCGGGCCCAAGUAGUGGCGCUAGACCCAAGACGUCAGAUGGAGGCAUCAGGCCGGUGGAGAAAAGAGGACCUUACAUCAUGUCCAGAGCUCCAGCCAUCCACCUCAAACUACAGAAACACAGAGAGAUGGCGAGGAAAGCGUUGAAGAAGAAAGCCCUCUCUCCGGGGCCCCCGGUGACGCAUCAGCCUAGACAAGGAGCCAAGAGGACGGUGAAGUACAACAAGGGCUACGCUGCUUUGAGUCAACACGCUGAGGAUACUUUAGUUGCACUGGACUCAGACAGUGAUGAAGAGAUCGAUUUUGAGCAGUAUUCCUCUGGAUACUCUUCAGCUGAGGUCCAUCCUGAUUUAAGCAGGCAGCUGCUACAGGACGGCUACCGCCUGGACGAGAUUCCUGACGACGAGGACCUCGACCUGAUUCCACCCAAAGCCAUGGGCUCCUCCGUGUGCUGCUGCUCCGAGGGCCCGUCCUGCACCACGCAGUGAUGCCAGUGGACUCCCUUGAACUUUACAAAGUCUCGGCCCCAGCUUCUUCUGACUUUAGUCACUGGUGCCUGACGCCUUCUUUCUAACCCAGCUCCUCUGCCGCGCUGCCUGAGGACCUCCAGCGCUGAAUCCAAGCUCAUGCAUCACGGCGUGCACUGACAUCACUCAACCCCCAAUGAAAACGCAGAUGGACGUGAGAACAAGCCUUAUCCACUGUGACCCCCAAAGCUUGACCUAUUUUUUUAUUUAUACCUUUUCUUUUUAUAGGACCAUGUGAAAUGCAAACUGUGCCACAGCUUUAAAUGAAGUGGCAGAGCAAUUCAACAAGGAAGAGCUGGUUACUUUCUGUCGUCCUCGCUGACCAAACAGGUCAUACAGGAAUGAUGUAUUGUGUUGUAAUGCUCUAGCCCUCUGGUGAGUCUGCAUUUCCCAACCGUUGAAACUAUCAAAUGAAGUAAUGACGCCUACAUUCCCUCUUUAUUCUUCUUUUUUCUCUUCUUACUACAUGAGUGAGUUUCAUUCCUAUAUUACAUAUAAUAAGUAUAUAUUUCAACUAAAAACUAACGACACAUAAGCAGAGUAUUGAGUUGAGAUGGGAAUUGUGAAAGCCUUUUAUUUCUUCGUGGCUUAUGCAUAUUGAGUGAAAGUGUUACUGUCUACACUGAUUUGUCACUGAGCAAACUACUACGUGCCAGGGAGGACUCGCACAUGUCCUGUCUGUAGAGGAAACGCAUGGAGAGGGAAGCACAUGGUUAAAGGUAUCCGCUGUGUGAAAGAGUAAUGCCUACUAUUACUCUUUGGGACACAAAAACAUAAGCAGAUCAGUUUCUGCCGCUCUCAAAAGAAAUGUUACGAAAAGUCAUCUUAGACAUUUGCAUAUGUAGUUGAAUAGGAAGUAUUCCUUUUUUCUUUUCUUUUCUACUUUUUAUGGAUAUGUAGCAUUGUGGUGUUAAAACCUAACCACCAAAUGAUACAGCUCUUAAGUAUGGAUGUCAGAUUUUAUUUAUGUAUUUAUUAUAAUAUUUCGACACUAAAGUAGUUGUUACAAGUUAACAGGACACCAGAUUUAUUAUAAGAAUUCAGCUCUAUGUCUACCCUUGUUUUUUUGUGUUUUUUUUUUUAAAACCAUAUGUACACAAGUUUAAACGACAUGUCUGGGUCAUUUUCUGUUUGUCCCAUGUGUGCUUUUUACCCAACAGGGACGUGGGUGUGCUGAAAACACUUGGUAUAAAAGAUUAAUUUAUAUUACUUUUCUCUGAAAAUGUAUCCGCUCACUCAUGUUACAGUCCGAGUCUGUAGGAAGUUGUUUGUGUGUGGGUGCACAAAUAGAACACAUUUUGCCUUUGCCUCAUUUCUAAAAUAAAAAACGUUCAAACUGCACGACCGUUUAAGUGCGUUAAGGUUUUAGGUCAGGAUGAAUGAGUGGCUGCUGUUAAAGUAACCUGUUGUCCACGCCGUUGUUACAAGCUGUUACUCAGUCAUAUAAGUGACUGGUGUACAGCAUCGGACCACGUGAGCAGCGGAAAGAAAGACGGAAGGACUUGGGCUUUGCUUUACUUCAGUUAAGAUGAGCUCAUCACAGCAAAUUCAGGAUGUGGAUUUUGCUCAAAGCUGAGCAAUGAAAACGCUAGGUGUUAUAAAAUAUUUGUAACGUACACUAUCUCCUCCCAGCACUCCAUGGUUGUAAUGUGGCCGAUUUAGGAAUAAAAAUAAUAAUAAAAAAAAAUUCUUCUAUUACACUAAGUGUGAGUCACUUGAUACAAGUGUGAGCUCGAUGCUUUUAAUGGACCAGCUGAAUCCAGUGUGUAUCGGCCCCCGGCUCCGCUCUAUGUUUUUAUGUAUGGUAAGGUUUUGCACUUCACACCAGUGGUCAGUAGCAAGUACACUUGACUCACCUGUACUAUGCAACUGUUUGGACAAUCUGCUUGUUUUAUAUAAGUCAAUAUAGUGUUGAAUGCAAUAAGUUUAAUUGUUUUUUUUGUUUUUUUUAAUGAUUCUAAUCUGUUUUAUUGUAUUGUUUAUUGGUUUACAUUAUUAAAUAAAAUGCAGUUAAUCUUAUUUUUAUGUGUGUGAUUAUGAUUUUAAACAUUUUCCAUUGUGCUUGUAUCGAUCGUAUGUCAGUGACGCAUUAAGAAGGUCUUGGUUAUUAGUAUAUUUAUGUAUAGUAUGUGUAAAGAUGAAUAAAUAUACUUGUAAUCAGA